CAUUUCAUCGCUUGUCUACCAUGGUAUCCAGGGACGCGGGCCGAAGUGGGACCCGACUGCGCCCUCACAGUGCAAAAGCACGUCGGAGCUCGAUGACCCCACCAUAGCAAACACGAGCUCCUAGAGCGUCCCUGGGCCUCCGACUUCUCUAGCCGGCCACCUCGAUUGUAGCUAACCAUAGAGUGGCGGAAGUGGUCCGUCUCCUUCCUCUCCCGGGCCUACAUCUAGCCAGAAGCGUCUGAGGAUUCCUCCGGCGCGGAGCAUUGUGGGCUUGGGUGGGCGGUUCCGAGGCCGAGAACAGACGAGUUGCGGGCCCCUGAAGCCGCUUCCAAGAUGAUGCCCACACCAGUUAUCCUGUUGAAAGAAGGGACUGAUAGCUCCCAAGGCAUCCCUCAGCUUGUGAGUAACAUCAGUGCCUGCCAGGUGGUUGCUGAGGCUGUAAGAACCACACUGGGUCCCCGUGGCAUGGACAAGCUUAUUGUGGAUGGUCGAGGCAAGGCAACAAUUUCUAAUGAUGGGGCCACAAUUCUGAAACUCCUCGAUGUCGUCCAUCCUGCAGCAAAGACCUUGGUGGACAUUGCCAAAUCCCAAGACGCUGAGGUUGGUGAUGGCACCACCUCAGUGACCCUGCUGGCUGCCGAGUUUCUGAAGCAGGUGAAGCCCUACGUGGAGGAAGGUUUGCACCCUCAGAUCAUCAUCCGAGCUUUCCGCACAGCCACCCAGCUGGCUGUUGACAAGAUCAGAGAGAUUGCUGUGACUGUGAAGAAGCAAGAUAAAGUAGAACAGAGGAAGAUGCUGGAGAAGUGUGCAAUGACAGCCCUGAGCUCCAAGCUGAUCUCUCAGCAGAAGGUCUUCUUCGCCAAGAUGGUGGUUGAUGCUGUGAUGAUGCUUGAUGAGUUGCUGCAGCUUAAAAUGAUUGGCAUCAAGAAAGUGCAGGGUGGAGCCCUAGAGGAGUCUCAGCUGGUGGCUGGUGUCGCAUUCAAGAAGACUUUCUCUUAUGCUGGGUUUGAAAUGCAGCCCAAGAAGUAUAAGAACCCCAAGAUCGCCCUCUUAAAUGUUGAGCUCGAGCUGAAAGCAGAGAAAGAUAAUGCUGAAAUCAGAGUCCACACAGUAGAGGAUUACCAGGCAAUUGUUGAUGCUGAGUGGAACAUUCUCUACGACAAAUUAGAGAAGAUCCAUGAGUCUGGAGCCAAAGUCAUCUUGUCCAAACUCCCCAUUGGGGAUGUGGCCACCCAGUACUUUGCUGAUAGGGACAUGUUCUGUGCUGGCCGCGUGCCAGAGGAGGAUCUGAAGAGGACAAUGAUGGCCUGUGGAGGCUCAAUCCAGACCAGUGUGAAUUCUCUGAAUUCAGAUGUGCUGGGCCACUGCCAGGUGUUUGAAGAAACCCAAAUUGGAGGCGAGAGGUACAAUUUCUUCACUGGCUGCCCUAAGGCCAAGACAUGUACCAUCAUCCUCCGUGGUGGGGCUGAGCAGUUUAUGGAAGAGACAGAGCGGUCCCUGCAUGAUGCUAUCAUGAUCGUGAGGAGGGCCAUCAAGAAUGACUCUGUGGUGGCUGGUGGUGGGGCCAUUGAGAUGGAGCUCUCCAAAUACCUGCGGGAUUACUCAAGGACCAUUCCAGGGAAACAGCAGCUGUUGAUCGGGGCAUAUGCCAAGGCCCUGGAAAUUAUCCCACGACAGCUAUGUGACAAUGCUGGCUUCGACGCCACAAACAUCCUUAACAAGCUGCGGGCUCGGCAUGCACAGGGGGGUAUGUGGUAUGGGGUGGACAUCAACAAUGAGGACAUCGCCGACAACUUCCAGGCCUUCGUGUGGGAGCCGGCCAUGGUGCGCAUCAAUGCCCUGACAGCAGCGUCUGAGGCUGCAUGCCUUAUUGUAUCCGUGGAUGAGACUAUCAAGAACCCCCGCUCCACUGUGGAUGCUCCCCCAGCAGCUGGUCGGGGUCGAGGCCAAGGCCGCCUCCAUUGAGAGGCACACCACCCUGAUGAGGUGAAUUGGUGGUGAGGAAAUGGUUGAUUAGUCUGCUGUGUUCUCACUGGAGGUUAUUUAAAUAAAACUUAAGAUUAUUUGGUCA